AUGUCUGCCUGCUCGUGUAUAGUAAUUUGCAGUUGCUCGAUAACACUCGAUAUUGUAUAACGGUUAGUGCAACAUCCUAUUGCACUUUUUGCCCAAAACUGUUAGUGAUUAUUGUCAACUGUGUUGUGAAUGUAGCAGAGAAGAGGGAUGUUUAGUUUCUGUGUCGGGGACGAAUUUUAAGAGUGAUAUCAUCAAAAAAAGAGAUUAAAGUCAAGAAUUCACCAAUGAUGGAAUAGAGGAAAUAGUUUUUUUUAAAAAGCUCACGAAAAUAAGCCAAAUGGCUGAAUUCAGUUUUUUCCAGUUAAUCCCCGAAGCAGCCUUAAUGGACCCAUUAAGCAUAAAGUCAGAAAUAAAAGAUGAACGCGAUCUAGGUGAAUCUGAUAAAAUCGAUUCAGUUGACGUAGCCAGUACAUUCGAUGUCAACGAGUGUGGAAGAAAAGCAAAGCAAAGUCGAACUAUUGACGUAACAAUAUUUUCUCCGGACACAACAUCAUCUUCUUCAAGAAUGACUUCAAACAACGAAAACAGCAACAAGUCCGUCGACUAUACGGAUUGUUAUAUGAGAUUACAGAAUGGCAAAAACAGUAACAAUGAACAAUCAGAAUUAGAAGUACUUCUAACAAAAGGAGGCGAUGGAAAAAUAAUAAAAAGAUCCUACAAAACCAAUGGAGGAUUUCUUCCCGACACUGUUCGAACAAUUUUAGUCCAUCUGAUCGUGAAACACGAAAUGGAUAAAGCUUUAUCAACUUUAUCCGACGAUGGUGAAGAGAAACUCGAAGAAUUUACAAUAACUUCGAAUCAAAUGCAGAAUUAUGCAAACGACAUUGUGAAGAUAUUCCCUAGUGAAAAGACAGACACCUACUUUGGAGGAUUUAAAACUUUGAAUGGAGUGCGAAUCUUGGCACAUGGAAAAUUAUGGGAUCAUUAUAAUUAUAUGAAGUCAGUUCUCAGAGAUCAAGGCGUCUUGGAAGGUCGGAAAUUCAAGAAAAAGAAGCCGGAGAGAACAGCAGUAGUAGACGGCGAAACACGAAAAAAAUUGGAUUGGUUAUUAAACAAUUCUCUUCCCUGGUCUGAUGUUCUCAAAAAUUGGAAGGAAACUUUUGAAGCGAGAACUGAAGGCCAUUCUGAACUAGCAAUGAAGCAACUUUUUGAAUAUUAUCAAACCUUCCCAUGCCUUCGUGAACAGCAAGCAGUUGAUUUGAUUCAAAGCGACUUUGAUCAACUUUACAAAAAGAAACCAUUCAAUUUUACUGAGUCGUGGAAUAUAUUAAAACCUCAUCUCAUUUCAAAGCUUCAAGCUUGCAAAACGAUAAAAACAUUAGAUGAUAAAGCCUAUGUUCAUUUGCUGCCUUCUUUAACUUCUGAGCAACAAGAUGGAGUUAUUCUCUUCUUGCUUCCCUAUUUAGUACCGUGUGGACGCAGAAAGCGAAGAAACGAUGAUCAAGAAGAAACACGAAAAAUGACAUCUAGCGAGCGGAGAGAUACAUUCAUCAUCUACAUUUCUUCCGCUGCGGAUGUUGAUUCAACCCUAAAGAAAAAAAGUGAAGACUUAAAAAGAACCGGACGAACAUUGCACCCAACACCAGUGGGUGUGGGAUCAGUUAUGGGCGUAAAAGCAGCAUAUGUGGUAGUCAACGAUAUCAAAUAUGAAGUUUCAUCACUCUUGAAUGCGAUUGACUUGUCCUACAAAAUUUAUUACGCAGCCCACUGUGAUUUUCCAGAAAGCUGUCAUAGCUUAUGGCUUUUUAUGCAAAAAGCUAUGUUCGAUAUACAUUAUCCCACUGAUAGGGCUACUCCUUCAUUGCACGCUUUGGUUGGAGAAGCAAGACGCGUUAUUGAUUCGAAAAGUAGCACUUAAAGUAGUACUUUAUAAUUUUCCUUUUUUUUAGAUUCAAAAUUAUUUUUUCUUUUUAAAAAUCUUCGUUAUUUAUACGGACAAAAAAUAUUUUUUUAUUCAUUAUGACUCAAAAACUGUUUUCUAAAAGUUGAGACCCUCUCUAUUAUUACGCAUUCAUCCAUAGUAGCACUUUCUAAUAUUCAUUUUUUUUUCUGAUUCAACAUUGUAUUUUCAUUUCAGUUCUUCGUUAUUUGUACGCACAAAAAAAUUUUUUUUAUGUAUCUUGACAAAAACUGUUCACUAAAAAUUGAGAACCUCUGUAUUAUUACGUUCUCCUCCA